CCUGAUUUUCAGCAAAAGCGAGUAACGUAGUCAAACAAACCUGUUCCAAGUCUUCCCGGUCUAUUGUCUUGUCUCUCAUCACAUCAUCUUCCAAAUAUCAAAUCAUUUCACUCGUUAUUCACGUCUUCUUCAAACACUCUCUCAUACUAAAUUCUUAUUCUACACAAACAACAACCCUUUUUUUUGUUUCCUAUGCUUCUGUUUCUAAAAUUGGAUUUUUCUUAACCCAGGGUAUGCUCUUAGGAGGAUUACAGUGAUGGACUCUAUGAUUUUUGCUGCGGAUUUCAUUAGAUAUCAAGUAUUUGGAUAACUUGCUCUUGGCUUUUUUGUUUGUGUUUUUGGAUUUUGAUGAAGAUGGUUUUGAGUAGGGUUUCUGUUAUUGUUAAUUUCUUUCUGCUGAUGAGUUGUUUCAUCAUGACCUAUGGUACUGAGAGUGACAUAUUAUGCUUAAAAAGAGUAAAAGAAACACUUAAAGACCCAAACAAUUACUUGCAAUCUUGGAAUUUCGACAAUAGAACUGAAGGGUUUAUUUGCAAGUUCACUGGUGUUGAAUGUUGGCAUCCUGAUGAAAGUAGGGUUUUGAAUCUCAAGCUUUCGAAUAUGGGACUUAAGGGAGAGUUUCCUCGUGGCAUUCAAAAUUGCUCGAGUUUAACAGGAUUAGAUCUUUCAUUGAACAGUCUCUCCAAAACAAUUCCAGAUGAUAUAUCUAGCCUUGUUGGAUAUGUGGUCACUCUUGAUCUAUCUUCGAAUGAUUUUACGGGAGAGAUUCCUGUGUCGCUUUCUAAUUGUACCUAUCUUAAUACUCUUAGACUCGAUCAAAACCAAUUCACUGGUCAAAUUCCUCUACAAUUUGCUUCAUUGACGCGGAUUAAGACGUUUAGUGUUUCGAAUAAUCUUUUGUCCGGACAAGUUCCGAAUUUUAAGGAGGGUAUAGUUACAAAAGAUAAUUAUGCAAAUAACUCAGCACUCUGCGGCGGUCCGUUGGAUGCUUGCAGUGGGUCUUCGAAGACUAACACUGCGGUUAUAGCCGGAGCAGCUGUUGGUGGUAUCACUCUUGCAGCUUUAGCAGUGGGCGUUGCAAUGCUUUUCUAUGUGCGACAUCUUUCGCACAGGAAAAAGGAAGAAGAUCCCGAAGAAAACAAGUGGGCGAGAAUCAUAAAGGGAACCAAAAAAAUUAAGGUUUCGAUGUUUGAGAAGUCGAUUUCGAAAAUGAGCUUGAGUGAUCUCAUGAAGGCUACGAAUAACUUCAGCAAAAGCAAUGUCAUUGGGACAGGAAGAUCAGGAACGGUAUACAAAGCUGUCCUCGGCGACGGCACAUCACUCAUGGUUAAGAGAUUGCUGGAAUCUCAACACUCAGAGCAAGAGUUUACGGCUGAGAUGGCUACACUAGGAACAGUGCGACAUCGAAACUUGGUUCCUCUUUUAGGUUUUUGCCUCGCCAAAAAGGAAAGACUUUUGGUCUAUAAGAAUAUGCCAAGCGGUACUCUUUACGACCAACUACAUCCUGAAACUGGCGAAUGCGCUAUGGAGUGGUCUACAAGGCUCAAAAUCGCAAUCGGAGCAGCCAAAGGAUUCGCGUGGCUUCAUCACAACUGCAAUCCGCGUAUCAUCCACCGAAACAUAAGCUCUAAGUGCAUCUUAUUGGACGCGAAUUUCGAGCCGAAAAUCUCCGAUUUCGGCCUUGCCAGAUUAAUGAACCCGAUCGAUACUCAUUUGAGUACUUUUGUAAACGGCGAGUUUGGUGAUUUAGGCUACGUUGCUCCCGAGUAUACAACAACUCUGGUGGCUACACCUAAGGGCGAUGUUUACAGCUUUGGAACUGUGCUUCUCGAGCUGGUAACCGGCGAAAGACCUACACAUAUUGCGAAAGCUCCAGAAACUUUUAAAGGAAACUUGGUAGAAUGGAUCAUGCAGCUAUCAGUAAACUCAAGCCUAAAAGAAGCAAUCGAUGAAUCACUAACUGGAAAAGGUGUCGAUCAUGAACUUUUUCAGUUUCUUAAGGUUGCAUGCAACUGUGUUACUUCAACUGCAAAGGAGAGGCCGACGAUGUUCGAAGUAUAUCAGUUUCUAAGAGAGAUUGGAAGUAAAUAUAAUUUCAUAACAGAGGACGAGAUAAUGGUGCUUACAGAAAACGGCGAUGCUGGUAAAUUGGAAGAACUUAUCGUUGCGCGCGAGGCGUAAAAUUGAAAAGGUAUUUGAGAUGUAAUUGUGUAUGCAAUCAAAUUUAAAUCUGUAAAAUUAUCUCUUUCUGUUGUUCUGAAUGUUAGUAUAUAUAUAUAAAUGUUAUGGCCUAAAUGCAGUUGUGAAAUCAAUAUUGAAACAUCACUAAUCAUGGUUGUUCAUUUAUAUGUUGGUGACUUUGGUAUAAUCCUUAUUUUGUUCAA